CACACAUUCACAAACACAACUCCAGGCUCUUGUUUGGGGAGUUGGUUUGUUGUGUGGAGUCACCAUCUUGCUCUUGGCAGACUGAAUGUAAACUCCAGUCCAAUGUAGGAGUUUCAGCUGCUGAAGUUGACUGCUUUGCACUUCCAUACAGUUGCUGUCUAUGGUGCUGAAUUGACCAGAGACAUAGAUAGUCAGAAUUCAGCUAACAGUCAAGUCAGAUGAGGAGAAACCUUAGAUCAGUUUAUUUGGUCAAUUUCAUACACCUGGCCUUUUGAAGCAAUAAAAUCCAGUUAAAUUUAACCAAACACUGACAUCUAGCGGAAGUGUCCUGCACAGACUCAAACUGAUAUAAAGACAACUCAGCAGAGAGCUCCACCCUACUCCUGCUUAACAGGAAGGAGAAAAGCUCACAACAGAACAGCGCUGUAACAUUCAGCUAUUUAGAAUUCUUUGUAAACAACCAAGAAUCAAAACAACAAUUGAAGACUAAGGAACACCGUCAGGAAAACAGAGAUUUCUAAGUUCAGAUGAGUUUUCAAAAGUGAACCUUAGUCAAGAGUUCAGAAGUCAGAAGUGAAAGUAAACCUUCAGAACAGAGAUAAGCAGUGAGAAAUGGCCUCUAAAGCUUCUCUCUCCGAGGUUGAUUUCUCCUGUCCAGUAUGCUGUGACAUCUUCAAGGAUCCUGUGGUCCUGUUGUGUAGCCACAGCUUCUGUAAAGCCUGUCUAGAGGAAUACUGGAAACAGAAGACAUCUUGGGAAUGUCCAGUCUGCAGAACAAAAUCAUCAAUGGAAUUCCCCCCCUGUAACCUGGUUUUAAAGAACCUGUGUGAGGCCUACUUACACGAUAGAAGCCAGAGAGCUACAGCAGGGCCUGAGGUAAUCUGCAGUCAACACAGUGAGAAACUCAAGCUCUUCUGUCUGGAGGAUAAACAGCCCAUCUGUUUUGUGUGUCAAACUUCAAAAAAGCAUAAAAGUCAUGACUGCUGCCCAAUAGAUGAAGCUGUACUGGAUCAUAAGGAGGAACUCAAGACUGCACUGGAGCCCUUACAGGAGAAGAUGAAGGUCUUCAGAGAAGUUAAACUGAGCUGUGAUCAAACAGCCAACCACAUCAAGAGCCAGGCCCAGCACACAGAGAGGCUGAUUAAGAUGAGGUUUGAGAAGCUUCAUCAGUUUCUGUAUCAUGAAGAGAGUGCCAGGAUAGCUGAACUGAAGGAGGAAGAGGAGCAGAAGAGUCAGAUGAUGAAGAAGAAGAUUGAGAAGAUGAGCAGAGAGAUAUCAUCACUUUCAGACACAAUCAGAGCCAUAGAAGAAGAGCUGGGAGCUGAGGACAUCUCAUUCCUGCAGAACUACAAGUAUACAGUGAAAAGAGCCCAGUGUACACUGCCAGAUCCAGAGAGGGUUUCAGGAGCGCUGAUCGAUGUGGCAAAGCACCUGGGAAACCUGCAGUUCAGAGUCUGGAAGAAGAUGCAGGGAGUAGUUCACUACACUCCAGUUACUCUGGAACUCAACACUGCCCACCCAGAUCUCAUCCUGUCUGAUGACCUGACCAGUGUGAGAUACAGUGAUGAGAAACAGCAGCUUCCUGACAACCCAGAGAGGUUUGAUAGCCAUAGAAUGGUCCUGGGCUCUAAGGGUUUUAACUCAGGAACACACAGCUGGGACAUUGAUGUUAGGAAGAAUAACGGCUGGGACCUGGGUGUGAUCACAGAGUCUGUCCAGAGGAAGGGAUACAAUGGUUAUUGGCAUAGAUCCUGGGGUGUGUUGUUUGGUGGUGGUGAUUAUAACACACAUAUACCAAAUAAGCCACUCACUCCCAUCACAGUGAGACAGAAUCCCCAGAGGAUCAGAGUGCAGCUAGACUGGGAAGGAGGAAAGCUGUCAUUCUCUGACCCUGUCAAUAACACACAUCUACACACAUUCACACACACUUUCACUGAGAGAGUCUUUCCAUACAUCAGGAAUCUCUGUUUUCUCCACCCUCUGAGAGUGUUACCAGGUAAGGUGUCUGGAUCAAUGGAUACUGUCUCUGUCUGAAUCAGGGACUAACAGGAUGUAAAUGAUUCAGUAACACUCACUGAUGUCCUUCAUUAAGAUUCUCACAGAGGGAGGACACACUGUGAUGGAGAUUAUCAUUGUCUGACUCACCUGUUACUAAUAUAGAAUGAAUAUGUAAUCUGUUCUUUGUUGGUUUUAUUUUUUACCACAUUUACAUUUUGUCUGGUUGUUUUAACCCCUGCAGUAUGUAUCCCAAUAAACUUGGGCUGCCUGAAUGGCAUUUGGCGUAUAGUGUUGUGGCCUUGGACCAUGUCUCUGUUAGCUAGCUUGUAGACAAUGACACCGUUAAUGUAUGUCUGUAGAGUGCAACACAUUUUCAACCAAUAAACAUGUUUGAAUUA